AUGGGCAAAUCCUGGAUUUAUGCUGUAAAUAAAUCUCACAAUCGGAUUUUUACGGGGAAUAUCGAAAUAGAUGAAGAUCAGGCAACAGAACCCUACCAACCUGUUGUUGGAAACGAGGACCUCAUCCAGACACCACGAGGGACAUUUAGUCGGAGCCUACUAUUACCGGUACGCUUUCCAGUGGAGCGAAAAAAUGGACAUUUUAUUCCCAAAAAGGGGAGUAUUCUUCCUACGGAUGUUGGCAGCCGGAUAGGAAUUAUGUAUGUUGUAAAUGAGGAUCGUGCAGAGAUGCACUUUAUUAUUAAUGGACUGGAUCAGGGACCUUGUGCCAAAAACAUACCUUACCAAGAUGGUCCUUUAUAUGCCAUUGUGGAUGUUUAUGGAACUACCAAGCAAGUACGAAUAAUCCAGCUUUAUGGGGUGACAUCAUUACAGAAUGCUUGUCGAGAAAUUAUCUUACAACUGGUCCGAAAGGAGGACAUUGACACAUUACCAUUGCCAACGAAAUUAAAGCAAUUCCUGUUCGGAGGGAAUGUACAGAAAAAGGCAACUGCUGCCAACACCUACCUUCACUUCUCUUCCCCACUUCCUUUACCAUCAGUCUAUCUAUUUCUCUCUGGACUCUAG